AUGGCAAAUUCAAGCAUCAGCAACCAUCCACUUGGAGAGUUGGCAAAUAUCCGCCAAAGAACAUCAAACUCAUCGACGACGGUUAAUGAGGAGGACGUAGUAUACCCUGAAGGAGGGCUGGAGGCAUGGCUAGUUGUUAUAGGAGCCUGGUUUGCUAUGAUUCCAUCGAUGGGCUUACUCAAUACCCUUGCUGUGCUCCAGGCUUGGGUGCUUGAGAACGAGCUACCUCACCUACCCGAAUCAACGGUAGGGUGGAUCUUUGGGUGUUAUGGUUUCUUUCUCUACUUCUGUGGUGCUCAAGUUGGCCCAAUCUUCGAUACCCACGAUAUCAAACUGCUGGUCAUCCCAGGAUCUUUUGGUAUGGUUCUCUCGAUGGUGUUUGUGAGCUUUUCGACGGUUUCUGCUUUCGUUCGGUGUCCUAGGUGGUAUAUCGGCGUCCCUCCUUUUCAAUCCCAGUCUUGCAGCAAUCGGGCACUGGUUUUGCAAGCGACGUGCCUUUGCCACUGGACUCGCAUGCACUGCGGGAGGGAUUGGAGGAAUAGUAUUCCCUCUCGUUAUUCUAUACCUCGCGCCCAAGAUCGGCUUCGCUUGGCCAUUCGGGUUAUAGCUCUCAUCAACAUGGGAUCUGGAGUCCUGGCAUCUUGUCUUCUCCGAAAGCGUUUACCCUCAAACAAGAAAGCAGGAGCAUCCAUUGACCUCAAGGCUCUAGCAGAUGUCAAAUUCGCGAGCACUACGGCCGCAGUCUUUCUUAUCGAGUUUGCGGUCUUCAUUCCAUACUCAUACAUUUCCGCCUAUGCCAUGCAUUACGGCUUUAACUCUCAGAAAGCUUAUCUUCUCAACACCCUGCUCAACGUCGGCGCAGUUCCCGGUCGGGCGUUGCCUGGAUACGUCGCAGAUCGAUUUGGCACUUUCAACACCAUGUGUAUUACUUCGUUUGUAUGCGCUGCACUUAUUCUGACACUCUGGCUAAAAGCUGCAGGAGAGGAAGCGAGAACGACUUCUUUUACUGUGCUUUAUGGUUUCUGGUCUGGGGCAGCUAUAAGCCUUACGCCUGUCUGCAUAAGUCAGGUUUGCAUGAUUGAGGAUAUUGGAAAAAGAACGGGAACCGCAUUUUUUAUCGCCAGCUUCGGUGCUUUGACCGGUAUCCCCAUUGCUGGUGCAAUCCUCGAGGCAAGCGAUGAUUCAUAUGGGGGGCUAAUUGUCUUUGCGGGGAUCUUAUAUAUAUCUGCCUUUGCUACAUUUGUCCUUGCUCGAGGUAUAGCAGGUGGAUGGUGCUGGGCGAAGCUAUUUUAG